UCCCUCCUUUUACUCUACCUUUCUACUCUUAAAACCCAUUCAAAUUUUGAGUUUUUCUAUUCUGGCUCUCCCAACUAUGGAAGCUUUUAGCUUGCUCAAGUAUUGGCGAGGCGGUGGUACUAUUGCCUGUGUUAAUACACGUUCCACCGCCACUUCAACCACCACUAUCGUCACUGCCGCCGCCCCUCAUCUGGCGGUUGACACCGUAGACGACGACGACGACGUCGAUGACGGUCCUUUCUUCGACUUAGAAUUUGCAGUCCCUGAUGAGGAUGGAAUAGAGGGAAACGAAUAUAAUGUUGAAGAUGAAGAAAGUCAGGAUUCAAACGACGACGUUGAUUCGCAUACCGACGGUGGCUUCUCCGGUAGUCAAACGGGGCUCAACAAUGGCCGAUCUGAGUCAAACUCGUCUUUGGACUCGGACCCUCCUCAAUUUCGUGUCUCGUUUUUGAAGUCGGCUUCCAAAGUUGGGAUUUUUUUGUUGAGGUUGAAGAAAUCAGCCUCCAAUGGAAAUGUUACCCCCAGAAAACAAGAAAAAACGAAAGAACCGAACAGCAUCAACAACAAGAACAGGUUUUUUGCAGUGAAAUUUAAGGUCGAAGAGGUUCCCAUAAUGUCUCUGUUCUCCAAAGACCACAAGUCCCGUAAACAGCAAACCUCCGACAACAACGCCGUUUCGGAUGUAAUGCAAAGGUACAUUAAGAAAGUUAAGCCACUUUACGUUAGGGAAAAGCUAAGGUUUUCAGGUGCUGUAAUGCCACCGUCUACGGUGGCUCAAGAAUCGGUUUCGGGGAGGACAACGUCGGCGGCGGCUGGGGAGAAUCGGGUAAAGAGGAGAGAUGAUUCUCUGCUGCAGCAAGAGGAUGGAGUCCAAAGCGCCAUCUUGCAUUGCAAAAGAUCCUUCAAUGGCUCUCGAGAUUCUUUAGAGUCUUCAAUGUCGUCAAGUUCAGGCGAGUGACCCAUUAAUUUGUGAAGGAAAAAGAUGAGCAGAUCAUGCUAUAAAGGAUGAA